UUUCAGUCCCUGUGCGAAUCAGAUCUCGAGGUCCGACUCCGUGAGGCGAUACGACAGCGAGACGAGCAGUGGCGACGUCACGAACGUGAACAAAUCGUUUUCCUUCAGAACGAGACCGCGGCCAUGCUGCGAGGUCUUCAUAAAGAAAUCGAGAGACUUGGAUAUCAGUUAAAAGAUGCAAAGCGCCAACUGUACGUGCCGGAUGAUUCGCCCUGUGAUCAUUCGGAAAUGGAGGCGAAAAUCGAACAGCAACAGGAACGAAUUCGACAACUCGAACAGGCAAGUCAAUUUCCUCCAGCACGAUUUGAAAUUCGGGAAAGGGAAAAAGGCGCAAUGUUAUUGACAGCAAAGCGGCAGAAACAGUUGAGAGAAACUGCAAGAACAGAUCAAUAUUCAGAUCGAAUUCGGCAACUCAGCAACGAACUUAACGAACGUAAUCAAGCUUUAGCCGUUCUGAGCAGUCAGCUGCGAUCAUACCGUCUUCGUGACGCCAUGGCUACGGCUCAGCAACGUCGUCGAGCGAGCACUAGUCCAAUUGUUUCACCUUCAUCACCACACCGAAUCUUCCCUCCCAAAGGCUUGGUGUCUGCCUCGGUAACUGUAUCAUAUCCCGGCAGCCAAACAGGUGAUCGUUCUGGAAGUGUAGAUCGAAUUUUGAGACGAAAAUCGGCAUCGAAUGUUGGUAUGAACAAAACGAAUUGA